GAGAUGCAGACCAUCACGCUUGCCCUGCAGCAUGGACCAGAGAGAAAUCCUGCAAAAGUACCUGGACAGGGCCCAGAACAAGAAAAUUAACAAAGAGGAGUUUGGCAAUGAAUUUCUGAAACUGAAAAGACAAUCCACCAAGUACAAAGUAGAUAAAACCUACCCUACAACUGUUGCUGAGAGACCCAAGAAUAUCAAGAAAAACAGAUAUAAGGAUAUCUUGCCCUAUGAUCACAGCCGAGUAGAGCUGUCCCUAAUACUCUCUGACGAGGACUCCAACUACAUCAAUGCCAACUUCAUUAAGGGAGUUUAUGGACCCAAAGCUUAUAUUGCCUCCCAGGGACCUUUGGCUACAACUGUCCUGGACUUCUGGAGGAUGAUUUGGGAAUAUAGUGUCCUGAUCAUUGUGAUGGCAUGCAUGGAGUUUGAGAUGGGGAAGAAAAAGUGUGAGCGCUACUGGGCUGAGCUAGGAGAGACGGAACUACAAGUGGGUCCUUUCUCCAUAAUCUGUGAAUCUGAAAAAAGAAAAUCCGAUUACAUAAUCAGGACUCUCAAAGCCAAGUUCAAAAAUGAGACUCGAACCAUCUACCAGUUUCAUUACAAGAACUGGCCGGACCACGAUGUGCCGUCCUCCAUCGACCCUAUUCUUGAGCUCAUCUGGGAUAUGCGUUGCUACCAAGAGGACGACAGUGUCCCUGUGUGCAUUCACUGCAGUGCCGGCUGUGGAAGGACGGGUGUUAUCUGUGCUAUUGACUAUGCGUGGAUGUUACUAAAAGAUGGGAUAAUUCCGGAGAACUUCAAUGUUUUUAAUUUGAUCCAGGAAAUGCGAACACAGAGGCCUUCAUUUGUUCAAACACAGGAACAGUAUGAACUGGUCUACAAAGCUGUAUUAGAGCUAUUUAAGAGACAGAUAGAAAUUAUCAAUGAUAAAUCCUCUGGAAUCGAGAUUCGAGCAAAGUGUUCAGUUCCUCAGCAAACUCCUCAUCUAGAAGAAGACACUUAUUCUCUUAAUUUACCAAAAUGUACAAAAGAAGCAAAAAUGGUGAACCAACAGAGCACACAAAGGGAAAAUGCAGAAACUUCUUCCUUUGACCCGAGGACUUCUGAAACUAGUCAAAAGGAAGGAUUAGUUUUACACCCUGCUAAGCAGAGCAGUUCUGUGGACUUUUUGGAGCUAAAUUGUGGUUGUAAUGAUGAUGCUCUUCAGAAGCAUAAAAGUUUGGACUUGAACUCCAUUUUGUUUGAAGCCUGUUCUAGUUCAGAAUCUAUAAACUCAACAGAAAGAUACUUUAAUCCAAAGAGGCCAAUAACACGGACCAAAUCAACUCCCUUUGAAUUGCUACAGCAGAGAGAUACCAAGGAGUUUGACAUCAGGGGAAAUUUUUCUGAUUUGGAAUCUCAACCACACCAUUCUUUUCUUGAGGAGCCUCAGAAAAAGAUGCACUUUUCUUCAGCAGAACUGAACUAUUCCCUGUCUUACGAGUCUCAGCAGCAAAUGUUUAAUCCAUCUAGUGCAAGGCAACAUGUCUCCAGUGCUUUCAAUAUAUAUUCUGACAUGUCUUUAGUAGAGGAUCCUUAUUUUUCAUCAUUGUCUCCAAGUAGUACUGGUUCCAAGAUGUCUCUUGACUUUCCUGAGAAGCAAGAUGGAACUGUUUUAUCUUGUUCUUCAUUGCCAUUAUCUUCUACCUUCUUUUCUUAUUAUCAUUCACAUGAUUCUUUAGCAGAGGAUCCCUCAGUACUGAACCAAGAGACAGCAUUAGUAGCAACUUCUGCAAGGACAGAAGAUGAAAUCCCCCCUCCACUUCCUGAACGGACACCUGAAUCUUUUAUUGUGGUAGACGAAGCUGGAGAAUUCUCUCCAGAUGUCCCCAAAUCCUUAGCUUCAGCUAUGAACAUAAAAAUUGAAACAUCACUAGAAUGGAGUGGAACAUCUGAAUCAGAGAAAUUGGAUGACUCUGUAAGACUUAGACCAAGAAAGAGUGUAAAACUCCUGAGUCCCAACCCAGAUCUCUAUGACGAUCGUUCAUCUCCCUCACCACCUCCGCUUCCAGAAAGAACCCGAGAGUCCUUCUUUCUUGCUGAUGAAGACUAUGUGGGUUUGCAAGCUGAAGCUAUACACACUUAUUCCACUAGUUGUCCUAACCCCAUGGACAAUUCAACAUCUUCAAAACAGACAUUGAAGACUCCUACAAAAUGUUUCACAAGGAGUAAGAGUUUGAAAAUUUUGCGGAACAUGAAAAAGAGUAUUUGUAAUUCUUCCCCUCCAAACAAGCCUCCAGACUCUGUUCAGUCAAAUCACUCCAUCUCCUUUCUGAAUUUUGGUUUUGCAAAUCGUUUUUCAAAACCCAAAGGACCAAGGAAACCACCAGCAACUUGGAAUGUUUAACACAAUUUGGAAUACAGAUUGCAAGUGCAUCUGCAACUAAAACUACUAGAAUACUGAUAGCUAAAACAAGUUCUCUAUAGACAAAUAUCAACAAUGAAGAUAUGAUAAUGUGGUAAUAGCUUUUUAAAGGAAAAGCAUUAUGGAAAUAAGUGCCAGAAGUUUUAU